CUUUAUUUGGUGUUCCCUUCCUCCACACACAGCGGCAUAAAGCUCAAUUGACCGAGACAGCCUUUGCCUGAAUUUCUGCCUGCGAGCGUGUGUAUGCGUGAGAGAGGACGAGGAGAGGGGCGAGUCGGCUAGCAGCUAGGUCAGGCUCAGGCGGCCUGCGGUGGCGGCGGCCAUGGGGCACCACUGCUGCAGCAAGCAGAAGGUGAAGCGGGGGCUAUGGUCCCCGGAGGAGGACGAGAAGCUCCUCAGGUACAUCACGGCGCACGGCCACAGCUGCUGGAGCGCCGUCCCCAAGAACGCCGGGCUGCAGCGCUGCGGCAAGAGCUGCCGGCUCCGGUGGAUCAACUACCUCCGCCCGGACCUGAAGCGCGGCACCUUCUCCGAGCAGGAGGAGCGCACCAUCCUCGACGUCCACCGCAUCCUCGGCAACCGGUGGGCGCAGAUCGCCAAGCAUCUGCCGGGCCGCACAGACAACGAGGUCAAGAACUUCUGGAACUCGUGCAUCAAGAAGAAGCUCAUCGCGCAGGGUCUCGACCCCAAGACCCACAACCUGCUCCCGGCAUCCAAGAACCUCCUCCAUGCACAUGGCGGCACCGGCUCCGGCAGCAACCCUAGCAACAACCUUGCAGCAGGCGCCCAAUUCCAUUCCCCCAAUGGAAACGGGAACGGUUGCGCCACGCCACCGUUCACCAUCAGCUCCCCAACCAAGGCGGUCUACGACGCUGCCACGGUUGCGCCGCCAGUGGUGGCGCCGGGUUUGUACGACGUCCAUAACCCUGGCAUGCUGAUGGGGCAGCACGAGCGCGGUCACCAAGCUGCGCUGGCCAUGCAGCAGGGUUACCCGUACGUUCACAACAACGGCGGUGGUUUACUCAUGAGCUUCAGGGAUCAGAACGCCGCGGGCGUCCACGCCUCCAUGGACUUCAUGAAUGGCUCUUCUAAUUCGUCAUCUUCCAUGGAGUACGCGGCCGGCAUGCCCAAUGGCAACGUCUUCAACCCGGGCGUGGCGGCGUUCAUGGACGAGACGGCCGCAAUGUGGGCCACCGUUGUCGAGCCAGGAAUGGGUGCCGGUAUCGAAAUGGCACAUCAGCAUCGACAACAGCAUGGGUUGGGGCUGGAGGAGGUAGUUGGACCCCCGCCGCCGCCAUUGAUCAACGGCGGUAGCUCAGGUGGCAAGGGACUGGAUAUGAUGGACGUCUCUUCGGAAGUGUACGGCUCCGCCGGUACAACGACGGCGUUCGACCUAGAGCUUAUGGAGUCGUGCGGGUUAUUUUGCGGCGCCGCUGGCAAUGACAUGGAGCAGCUGCAAUGGGAUUGCUAAUUGAGCUAGCUCAUUAUCCUCACCCCCUAAUUAGAUCCUUCCGAUCCAUGUUUUAAUUGAGGCCUUCGUUCUUAAUUUGUUUUUUGAUGUGCAUUUCCUGUCUUCUUGAUCUAGAAUUUCAGACCGUCCAUGUCAGAAAGAAAUGCAUGCUAAGUUGAGUGUUGAAUUUGCCAUCAACAAAUUUAUUUAAAUUUCUUCC